UGGCGAAUCCCUCCGCGCUCCCCGGCGGCGGACGGGAGUGACCCUUUCAUCUUAAAAUCCUUGUAAAGUAGUGCGUCUUUUUCUUGAGGCCGUAAAUAAAAACAAUUCAUUCUCUCUUCACAGCUACGCCCUAGACUUAAAAGUCGGAGAUUGGAAACGAUAGGGCCGUCGAAUAGAUGGCAAUGCGUGGGUGGGAGGCGCGAGUCACGUGACCGCGGCGGAAGGAUAUGGUCUGUGAUGCGUCCUCACAGGGAGCAGAGUUUAUAAAGGCCCCGAGCUCGUCGUCUCGCCGCCAUUUUUUCUCCUUCUGUCUGUAUAUGUGAUUUCUCCGUGCGAGUGCGUGCCUUCUUUUCUCCGCUCCCGUAGCGUCCGCGGCCACCAUGGCGUAUUAGAGGCAGCAGUGCCUGCGGCAGCAUUGGCUUUUGCAGCGGCGGCAGCAGCACCAGGCUCUGCAGCGGCACCCCCCAGCGGCUUAAGCCAUGGCGCUUUUCAAGGCAUUCAGCAGCAGCGUUGCUGUAACCGACAAAGACACCUUCGAGUUAAGCACAUUCCUCGAUUCCACCAAAACCUCGCGACAUGGCCGAGAAGAGCUUCCUGAGCAGCGAGGUGUUGGUGGUGGACUUCAUGUCCCCCUUCGACCAGUCGGGUUUGGGGGCUGAAGAGAGCCUGGGUCUCCUAGAUGACUACCUGGAGGUGGCCAAGCACUUCAAACCUCAUGGGUUCUCUGGCGACAAGGCUAAGGCGGGCUUCUCCGAAUGGCUGGCUAUGGAUGGGUUGGUCAGUGCCUCAGAUAACGGCAAGGAGGAUGCGUUCUCUGGGACAGAUUGGAUGGUGGAGAAAAUGGAUCUGAAGGAGUUUGAUUUUAAUGCUCUGUUGGGUAUAGAUGAUCUGGAAACCAUGCCAGAUGAGCUUUUGGCCUCGUUGGAUGACACGUGUGAUCUCUUUGACCCCCUACUCCAGGAGGCUACUAAGGAGCCCCCCCAGCUUGUGAACCCAAUAGGCUAUCUUCCAGAAAGUUUGCCAACAACUGACCAGGGUGCCCCUUUCACUUUCUUGCAGCCUCUUCCCCUCUCCCCAGGGGCCCUGUUCUCCACUCCAGAUCAUUCUUUUACUUUAGAGCUGUGCAGUGAAGUGACGUCUGAAGAAGAUGGGAAGCCAGACUCCACUGCUUACCUUAUGCUGGUCCCUCCAUGCGUAAAGGAAGAGGAUGCCCCCUCAGAUAAUGAUAGUGGCAUCUGUAUGAGCCCUGACUCCUAUCUGGGCUCUCCCCAGCAUAGCCCCCCUACCUCCAGGGGUUCUCCAAAUAGAAGCCUGCUAUCUCCAGGUGCCCCUGGUGGCUCUGCCCGCCCCAAGCCCUAUGACCCUCCUGGAGAGAAGAUGACAGCAGCGAAAGUAAAGGGUGAGAAACUAGAUAAGAAACUGAAGAAAAUGGAGCAGAACAAGACAGCAGCCACUAGGUACCGCCAGAAGAAGAGGGCAGAGCAGGAGGCCCUCACUGGUGAAUGUAAAGAGCUAGAAAAGAAGAAUGAGGCUCUGAAAGAGAAGGCAGAUUCCUUGGCCAAGGAGAUCCAGUAUCUGAAAGAUUUAAUAGAAGAGGUCCGCAAGGCACGGGGGAAGAAGAGGACCCCCUAGCUGUAGGGUAGUCAGGAGGGUGUGUGUUUGUACAUAGGCUAGUGCUGAAGCUGUGUGUUUUAAUAAAUUAUUUUGUAGUGAAAGUA